CUUCGUAUUGAUGUGAGCGAUGGUACAGUUGAAAAAGGUUACAACCAUCCUCAAAAAGAUGAUUUCUCAGCUAAAGGGAGAGGCAGCAGCUGUGAGUUGGUGAUCGACAAAGUAAAAGAAUCCCAUGAAGCCACCUACUACUGUGCCUGUUAUGAUUCCCACAGUGAGAAGUGUUGGCUCGUCGCUGUACAAAAACUCUGCAGCGUUAACCAAGAAAUGAACAGAUGGCAAACCCUGUUUACCACAGGAAGAGAGCUUGAUUUAAGCCCAGCUUCACAUAUUUCAGCUCCCAUCUCAGCUGUCAUCUGGUUCUUCCAGGACACUGCUGAAGCCACACAAAUGGCUUCUUCAUGCAUCUUCAUUUUCUGCUGCUUAUCUGGAAGGCUGAGGAGACACAUUCAACAACACACACAGGUUUUUGUCACAGCACUUUUCACUGUGGGGAGCAGCAGCGGCUGGUACUACAAGAUCUUUGGCUCAGGCACCAGACUGUAUGUAACAGAUCGUCAAGUUGUGCCGCCCAAAGUGAGCAUCUACCCAGCGACCAGAGCUGAACCAGGGGUGAAGAGCUCCCUGCUGUGUCUGGCCACAUCCAUGUUUCCUCCUCUGGUCCAGUUCUCCUGGAGGACACAGGACAACAAGAAGAUUCCUGAGGGAGAGCGAGUGGAGCUCAGAGAGGAAGAGCACGCCGCCUCCAUCGUGCUGAUCGAUCAGGAGGAGCUCAUCACGUAUCAAUACAUCUGCUCCGUCAAACACCAAGGGGGCACGGUGGAGGCCAAGAUACCACCAGAGCUUCCAGUGUCUCCAACCUCCAUCCCUCCAGUCACAGACACAGCAGAGCCGCCAGCCGGGGAGCAAAGUGAGGUGUCCUUCCAGUUCCAGUGCAGGGUGAAGCUGCUCUCUCUGGUUUCCACAGUGAUGAUAGUGAAGAGCAUGGUGUACUGCUGUGGACUCUCUCUCCUGAUCAUCCAUAGAAACAAGGGACCUGCUGACUGACUGUCCUGCAGCACCGCUUGAUGAUGUCAUCACCGACUGUCCUGCAGUGUCGCCUGAUGAUGUCAUCACUGAGCGAAGUGUCAUCAGUUUAUUGCAUUUCCUGUUUUGCUCAGUCGUUGGAAACGUUGUCACUUUAUGUUUAACCCUUUGAAAGGCUUUUAUUUUGGAAAGGCAGUUUACUCUCAAAAUUCACUUUUAGUAUCGCCUGUUCGUUUGUCAUUUUUGGUGAUAAUUUUCUUUGUUGUUUGUUUGUUUUUUUCUGUU